CGGUGAAUGCUGACUGCGCAUGCGUUGUACCCUAUACAUAUGAUGUGAUGAUGACGCAUGAUAGCUCCUCUUUUUUCACUCUUCUUGGCCAACUACCGGAAGUCGUCACGGAGGGAAAACAACAACAAGAGGCGCUCACGUUGAUCUCAGGAGUUGAUCAUCAUGUCAAAACAGAUGGGAGACAGCCAUCGACGGUUCCUACAGACCAUGAUGGCCAGUGGCAUCGUUGAUGAACAAGGGGCGAGGGCGCUCUAUCAAUAUUGUUGUGUAACCCACAACACACAACACAGCCCUGACAAACUGGAUGAUUUCAUUGAUGCCAUCAACUCAAAGCUGCAGCCCUUGUUCAUGCAGAUUAGAAAAGGGAUGUCUGAAGACAGCGGUCACCAGUUCUAUGCUUUGGUGAACAUGACUGAGACUGAUGUCACCAGGAUGUCGUCAGAUUAUGCUGACAAUGAGCUGGAGCUGUUCAGGAAAACGAUGGACCUGAUCGUGGGCUCUGAGAAUGGCAAGGCCUCCUCCACUGAUAUUCUGAACAGCGCAGACACCCUGACCACCAAAAAGCUGAAGAAGAGCGAGACGGAGCACCUCUUGAACCGACUCGUGCAGGACAAAUGGCUUAGUGAGAAACGGGGUGAAUACACUUUGUCCACCAGAUGUAUUAUAGAGAUGGAGCCAUACAUUCGCGCAAUGUAUCAGGAGCAGACCAAAGUUUGCCACAUCUGUCGCAACAUCGCUUUCCAGUGCCAAAUUUGUGAGAAUCCUACAUGUGGAAUAAAAAUACACAACCCAUGUGUGGCCAGAUACUUUAAAGGAAGAUCAGAACCACGGUGUCCAGCAUGUGAUGACUUUUGGCCACAUGAAAUCCCUGAAGUCAGACGGCCCCCGUCUCAGUCCAGGAGAUGA